AUGGCUACAGCAGGACUCUACAAAAUGGCUGAUGGGAGCAAUUAUGUGGCUAACUGCUUUCCUGCCAGGAACAUUUUGUGCAACAGGAGAGGGGCUGGGCGCCGUCUGCUGGCACCCACAGCCACCCCACAGCCCUGGGCUGAGCAAGGAACCACCAAGGAGCCACCAGAGGAGAGGAGGAAGCCUCCAAGUGCUGUUUCUGCACAAGGAAACGAUGAAAACCAUAUCCUGGAUGAGCCAUUUCUGAUGAAGCACCACUGUUUGAAGAACCCUUCUGACUUGUGCUCUGUGAACAUAAGCGGCCAAAAUCUGGUCUCUGCUAAAGAAGAUGAUUUUGAGAAAUUUGAUUGUGUUGCUUUUAUAAACGCUGCUGAGAACCUGCUGACUUUAGAACCAUUUCGGAAGUUUCCAGAGCUGCGAGAGCUGGAACUUUCAUUGAAUGGACUGAGAAACCUGAAAAUCACUCCUGGAGAGUUCAGGCAUUUAGAAGAUCUGGAUCUCUCCUACAAUAAUUUAUCCCCUGAAGACGUUUGGAUGUUGGGAGAUCUGUCCCAGCUCAAGGUCCUUCGCUUGACAGCCAACAGGCUUCGGUCUCUGCCUGCAGACCUGGCGGGCUCCUGGGGCUCUGCUCAUUUGAGAUUUCAGUCUCUAGAGGUCUUGCUGCUGGAUGACAACAGUCUGUCAGAGCCGGGUGUCUUUGUGAGCCUGUCUCAUCUCUGCAGCCUGAGGGAACUGAAUCUGGACAGAAACAGGAUUUCAGCAGUCCCCUACCUGCACCAAGCAGAGAGAAUGCAGUUCUCCCUCCACCCUACGCCGGAUGAUGGCAGCUUCAGGGCAGAGUGGUACCAGUGUCUGAGCAGCCUCUGGCAGCAGCCCCAGCCGUCGCAGCGUGAGGGCAAGGAGGUGCCAGCAGAGCUGGAAACGAAGAAAGGUCAGCUUGAAGACAUCGUGUUACAGAACAACGGGGCUCCAGACAGGACUGAGGUCGUGUUUAAUUCUGACUCUCAGGGAUGCCCAAUGCUGGCUGCUCCCUGGGAGGGAGACCCAUCUGCCUUGAAGACUCUGCCUGCUCUUUCCACGUGCAGAGACAUUUGUGCUCUCUUUCCUGUACUGGAACAUCUCAGCCUGGCCUUCAACAAGAUUAUGGAUGAGACAGCCCUCUUACCCGUGGCUUUCUUCCCACGUCUGAAGCAGCUGACAUUUCACAACAAUCCUCUUACCACCACCCGCAGUGGGCACCCACCUCUGCUGACCCGGCUCCUCCAGCAGAAGUUGGGGAUUCAACUUGUUCACCACAAGAGCCCAACUGUGAGGAGGUGGCACUUCUCCAUCCCUCUCAAAGCCAGCCGCAAGGUCUCAUCUCACCUCCCCAAAGUCGAGAAGCAGCCACUGAUACUGGAAGCUCCUGCUGAAACCUUCGUCUGGAAACCACUCCCAGCCAUGGCAGAAGCUGCAGGAGGAGUUGCACCUCUGAUCUCACCCCAGCCACUGCCUCCCAUCAGCUCCACGCCAGCAGUGGGGCAUGGGGAACGUGAUCCCAGGACUCCCAGCACAGCCCAGGAGGACGUUGAAGCCUUCUUCAUGACACAGGUGGAGGACGACUCCAAGCCUUUGCUGCAACCCAUGGCAGAGGACAGGCUGGAACAGAGGAGCAAGCAGAGGGAGGAAGGCAGCUCCUGGGUUGUUCCAGAAUGGUACAAGGGCUAUGAGGAGCUGCUCGGUGGAGACACUGACCCAGAUUUUAUUGAGCCAGUUGGGAUACAGAAGAAUGUGCAGGCUCUCUACUAUGUCCUGAAGCACCCCCUGGUGUACCGGGAUGCCAAGCCACGACUGGACAGCGUGCAGAAGCCCUAUGUGCCUCACAAAAAGCGUUGCAGGAUGCCUGACCCUCCUGCUAGAAAGACGAAAGCAGAAGUCCUGGAAAGAAUCCUGGUGGCCAUGAGAAACACCUCAACUGUCACCAGUGUCCCCUUGGCAUCUGCUUUGCAGAAGAGGAAAUCCAACCCCAAGAUGUACCGGGAGGCACUGAGGCUGAUGGAGGAGCUCCAGGAGGUGUUUGAGACCAGCAAGGAGCUGGACCCAGGCAUGACCAGGCUUUGGGAUGAGGUACCUGUGGUCAAAGCACUUCUUGCAGCUUCCAAGCAGAGGAGAUCAAAACAGCUGCUGCUGCCAGGGAAGAAAGCAUCCAAGAAGGUGCCCAAAGUGACAUCCAAAGCAGGGGCAGGGGUUGGAUAA